GACGAAUGAGGACCACUGGCACGUUCCACAAAUACGCCACACAGAUUCGUUAAACAUCUCAACAAAUAGGAAAAGUUUGGAGAUUUUCCCUAAUUUAUUUCCAGAAUAUAUAUAUAGAAAAAUAUUCAUCAUUGUAUAUUUACUGAAGUGCGAAAGUAGCAAGCGUUGCUGUAAAGCAUAAAAUCAUAGGACAAGUAAAUAAUCAAGUUUUAUUAAAUGUGGUUCCAGAAAGUUAAGAAACUAUCAUUUACAAAAUGUUGAAUCCCGUUUCAACUGAAGCAUUACUCUACUCGGCUACAUAUGUCGAUAAUUAUAUAGAUUCGGUCGAAAAUCUUCCAGAUGAUGUGCAACGGCAUUUGUCCCGUAUACGUGAUAUAGAUGUACAAUACAGAAGCCUGCUACGUGACGUUGAUCAUUAUUACGAUUUGUGGCGUUCAUUACAGAAUAAUAACGGCAGUGAAGGGAAUUGUACUAGACGUGCCAGAGCUAUUGCACGCAUGCAACAGAGCCUUAUACAAGCACAAGAAUUGGGUGAUGAAAAAAUGCAAAUAGUAAAUUUAUUGCAGGAGUUGAUAGAUCAUAAGACACGCCAACUAGACACUGAUCAGAAGAAUCUCGAUAUUAAAGAGGAAAUGCAACAGCAACAGAGUCGAAUUGAUCAAUUGCAACAAGCUGACGAUAUUGUAGGUCCAACACCAGCGAAACAAGCGCGAGCUUCAAGUCCAACACGUGAUAGCAACACAUUUUGUGCAAAUGGUGGUUCAUCUAGCGGAGCGGGUGGAGGUGGCUCUACACCGAAUUCUGAACGAUCUAGCCAUGCAAGCAAUGGUACCAGUGGUAGUGGAACUGUCAAUGGCGCCAGCAAUACUGGUACGGGAUCAAUGGCAGGCCUAGAAAGUCAACGUUCGGCUAGCAAACGUUCUCGAAGGCGUAAUGAGAGUGCGAUUAUGAAUAGUAAUGUGGAAUUUGGUGGAAAUGAAUCUAAUUCUGCUAACGAAGGUGGUGGAAGUAACGGAGGAGGUGCGAAUGAACGGCAAACCGGACAGAAAACAUCUGUUGGUGCAGCGCAGAAAAAACAUAACUCCCAGCAUCAAAAUGCCAGUGGCAGUGGUGGAGCUGGUGGUGGAAAUACAUCUGGAGCUGGAGCGGGUAGUGGCAACAAUUCCGGCAAGAAGAAGAAGAGAAAGACACGAGGUGGUCAAUCAUCAGCGCAGGCAAGCGUUCGAGAAGAGACACCACCUCCGGAUCCAAUUGAUCCAGAUGAACCGACAUAUUGUGUAUGCAAUCAGAUAUCUUUUGGCGAAAUGAUACUCUGCGAUAAUGACCUGUGCCCCAUCGAGUGGUUCCACUUUUCGUGCGUUUCACUGGUACUGAAACCAAAAGGUAAGUGGUUCUGCCCGAAUUGUCGAGGGGAUCGUCCAAAUGUGAUGAAACCAAAAGCUCAAUUCCUUAAAGAGCUAGAACGUUAUAACAAAGAAAAGGAGGAAAAAACCUAAAUAGGACACAGCGGAAAACAGUACAGGAAGUUAGAGAGAGAGCUGAAAAAAAUAUAAAUCCACACUACCGCAUAGUGACAACGAAGGAUGUUUUCUUUUCAGUUACCAUAUAAACUUCAGUGCAGGCGUUGUAUUCCAUUAUUAAACGCCAAGUGAAAAGCAAUAUGCCUUUAUAGUUAUAUAUAUAUAUAUUUUUUUUUUUUUUUUCAUUUUGAAUUUUUUAUUUGAAGUUUAUAAAUAUCAAUGUAUAUUAAAUGUACUUUCAAAAACGGAAAGUUUAAAGUGACGCCUGCACAUAGUGAAUUGAGUACAUUUUCUUUUGUAUGUUCGCAAAGUAUGGUUGCGGCUCUCCUGCUUUAAUAUUUCCUAUUGAGUUUCCUGUUUUGCUUAUAAUGUACAUUGUAUUAGAGUAAAUUAAAAACCUAGUACGUAAAAGAAGUAAAUAUUUUAUACAUAGAAAAUGUAAAUUUACAUAAAAAUGUUAAGUAUCGGGGAAGAUCUUGUAGAUUUAACAUUCGCUUCGAUAAUUGGAUUUUAUUAACUUAUUUUAAUUUAAAUCGUCUGUAACUGUAAAAUAUUUAAGUCACGUCAGAUACUGGCAAAAAAUAUGUUCUUUACUGAAGCUACUUAAAAACAUGAAAAUGUAUUUUAAUUUGUAUUUUAUUUUUUGUUUAAUAUAAAUUUAUAAAACAUUGACGUUGAUUUUGUUUCAAAUAAAUCUGAAGUUUCAUAAAUAUAGAGAAAACAUAUAUGUAUUAUUUUUGAAGGAGUAAUUGUGUGGAUAAACCAUGUUGUGUUAGUUUCUAAUAUUUAUGGUUUUUUGUAACGGAGUUGCCAGCUCUAUUUCGAAAUAUUAAUUUUUGCUAAAAGCUCUGCCACAUUUAUUAUUAUUGUUUGCGCUUAUUGAUCUUUAAGUAAAAGUAUUUAAUUUUUACCAUGCACACUCUUUUGUCUCUCAAGAUAAUUAUAAAUCUGUUGCUAUUUUCUGUUAAAUAUUUUUGAGAAGAAGACACAUCUUAAACAGAAAGGAUGUAAGUCUUUUAGCCCUAACAGACGAGCAAAAUUAAUGCGCCUUAAGCAACGCUGAUGCGCAUUGAAAUUUUAUGGUGACAGACGGCAGACUUAUGCAUUUAGGCAGCUGAUAGUGAAAUUUGUUUAUUUAGUAAACAAAAAAUAAAAUAAAAAAGUGAAAUAAAAAUGAAUAAGACAAAUUAUUAAAAGAAAUUUUGGUAAUUUUGGAAACUCAAUAUAAAUUUUACGAACAAAUUAAAGAUAAUAGAGUGAAAUUAAAAGCAAUAAUUGAUUGUAAUGUGGAAAAAGUGUGCAAAAAAGCGAAGAAUAUUGGAAAAAUGGAUAGCAACAGUGCGACAUCUGUCAAAAAAUAGCAAAAAUCGGCCAUUUUUGAGCAGUGUUGCCUACUCUAAUUUAUUAAAUUCAACCAAAUGUACUUCUUGUGCAUUACAAACUUGCAUUAACAUGGGUCAGAUGCGCAAAUAAAUGUAAAUUAAGCCCGCUAAUGCAUAUUAGCGCUGUCGUCUGUCAGGGCUAUUUGUCUAAUUUACGGAUCCAAUUGAAAACAAUACCAUAAUUACUUUGGGGAUAAGUGCUAUUUUAGUUUUAAGUGAAAAGUGGAUUCUAAAAUAUUGCAACCGUGCCUUUGAUACUGCCAUAUUAUACCGAAAUGGCUGCGGUAGUAUUAAAGUUAUCUUGAAAAUUUUAAAAGCUAUGUUUCUGCUAUCUUUAUAUCUUCUUUAUAGUUUAGAUAAUAAUACAUUCAAAGAAAAAUUAAUUAUUGUGUGAGGCAUUGGCAACUUUCAAUUACAUAACGGUUUGAAAAAGACACGAAGUCUGAAGUUUAGCUACUUAAAGAUUAUUUUGUUAAAAUAAACACAUCGCUAAUUUUUAGCAGAAUCAUCCCUGUCACUUUCAAAGAGGAUGGUUCUUAUAAAGUAACAACGGAGAACAUAAAAUAAUAGCAGAGAACGUUUAUCAUAGACAGAGAACGUUUAAGGUUUGAUUUAACGUUCUCUGCACACGUUCUCUGGCAACAAAAACACAGAAAACAACAAACCGAAGACGCAGAAAGGCCUAACUAUAAUGUGCAUAUGCAGCCGUAUGUUAUAGCCCUGACAGACGACAGCGCUAAGUUACAUUAGCGGGCUUAAUUUAAAUUAACUUGCGCAUUUGACCCAUGUUAAUGCAAGUGUGUAAUGCACAAAAAUUUCCUGCAUUUAGCUGAAUUAACCAAAUUUGAGUAGGCAAAACUGCUCAUAAAUGGCCGAUUUUUGCUAUUUUUUGACAGAUGCCGCUUGAAAUCUGCCGUGUUUGUGUUUACCGCAUCAGAUGUAAAAAGUUUUUAUAUUGCUAAUUAAAUUAUGUGCGGGUAUAUUAACCAAAACAAAUUUUAAUAUUUUUAGAUGGCGGAAAAUAAACAACCCACAGUUUACUAUCCAUUUUUCCAAUAUUCUUAAUUUUUUCGCACACUUUUUCUGUAUUACAAUCAAUUAUUGUUUUUUAAUUUCACUCUAUUAUGAGUUGUGUUCAAAAAGUAUCGCGAAUUUUGUGUUUUUUCAAAAAUUAUUUAUUUAUUCAUGAAUAUCUAUUUUGUCCCCUUCAAAGUAAUCACCAUGAGAUAUUAUACACUUGUGCCAACGGUUUUUCCAAUCUUCGAAGCACUUCAAAAAAUCAUUUUUUUAUCUUCUUCAGCUCCUCCUUCGAUGCCGUCUUUAUUUCGUCAAGAGAAGCGUAACGUCGUCCUUUCAUGGGCCUCUUCAGUUUAGGGAACAAGAAAAAGUCACAGGGGGCCAGAUCUGGGGAAUACGGUGGCUGCGGCAUCAUUAGUGUGUUGUUUUUGGCCAAAAAGUCGCGCACAAGCAACGAUGUGUGAGCAGGGGCGUUAUCGUGGUGCAUUCUUCCAAUUUUUGUUCUUCCACAAAUCUGGGCGUUUCUGGCGGAUUGCUACGCGCAAAUUGCGCAUAACUUGCAGGUAAUAUUCCUUAUUGACCGUUCUUCCCUGUGGCAAGAAUUCAGUUACGAUUCGCGAUACUUUUUGAACACACCUCGUAUCUUUUAACGUAGUUAAGGGGUUAGGUGAGUUUGAAAAUUAAAAAAAAAAUCGAUAUUUUUUUGUUAUGAUAUGUUUAGAAUAUUCUCCAAAAAUUUCAAAUCGAUCCGAGUAAAAUUCUAGGAGAUAUAUCCUUCGGAUGUUCCGCCCAUUAGGCCACGUCAGCGAGCGUCAAAACUUUACACGUAUUUAUCUCAGAACUCUAUUUUUUUAGUCAGUGGACACGAUAAGUUAUAAACCGAUUUGGCUCAAAUUUUGCACACAUCUUUGGAAUAACAUUAUCUACUUAAUGAACGAUCAUUUUUUUUUUAUUUUUAUAAUAAAUAAUUUUUUGUGAUCCAGAAUAUGGCGAAAAUUUAACCAAAAAAUGUGUUAUUUUUUCUAAGUCUGUCAAAAAUUCAAAUUUCAAUAUUAUUUUUUUUCCUUCGUUCAAUAAAGAGAUUUAUGCAUGUACUAACGAAAUAUUUUUGGUUUUUUGAUUUUAGAUUAUCCAAUUAUGAGUAAUGACGUCCACGGCAAGAUCACUUUUUUGAGGUGUCAACCGCUGAAUUUUCAGAAUUUUUACAUGAAAAUUUCACAAAUAGUCUUUAAAUAUGUACUUUCGAUAUGCUGAAUUGUUUGAAUGAAAUAUAUGAUUGUAUAUAUUAAAAGAAAAAUUAUGAAAAUACGCUUAUUUUUAGUCUCUGAAACCCACCUAACCCCUUAAUAAUAAACCGAUUUUUUCGUAAAAUUUAUAUUGAUUUUCCAAAAAUACCAAAAUUUCUAUUAAUAAUUUAUUCUCUUCAUUUUUAUUUCACUUUUUUUUAAAUAAAUAAACAAAUUUCACUAUCAGCUGUCUAAAUGCACAAAUCUGCCGUCUGUCACCAUAAAAUUUCAAUGCGCAUUAGCGUUGCUUAGAGGCGCAUUAGUUUUGCUCGUCUGUCAAGGCUAUAAUGAAACUUGUUGAUGCCUGCAUAACACAAGUAACGGCGCGCCACUCGGUGCAUUUGCCUGCAUUGUCAUUACCUACAGUGACGCAGAGAGUCAUUCUCCAAUUCUCAUAUACAUUGCCUUUGAAAUCGGAUGAUAACCCCGCUCACUUUCUAUAUAUGUAACUGUAAUAACUAAAUGCAUAUGUACAUAUGUCAGAGACGUUAAAAUUUACCUCCGAGAUAGUAUGUAAUGGGCGUGACAUCGCCCACUUUUUGGUGAAAUCACAUACAAAGUACGAAGUACCGAUUUCGACUAAAUUUAAUACGUGACAUUCUUCUCAUAUUCCCAUGUCACAGUGCGAAAUUGCGUAAAAUCGGAAUACAACCACGCCUACUACCCAUAUAACACAAUUUUAAAUUCCAUUUAAUUCUUUCACUUUGCAGUGCAGGAAUCAGGAAGAAAUUGGUACAACGGGAUUUGCACAUACAUCCAACCAAAACCCCUAGGUACCGAAUGUGUGGUCCCCAGUAUCUAAAAUGAAAAUGAAGUUAAUAAAUAAAAUUGGGUCGAUACUACUACAACUCUCAUAUACUACUUACUAUACAAGUAUAAAUAUUUUUGUUUUUCUAACAAACCUUAAGCCUUAGUUCUUUGAACCUGGAGAGGUUCUACCCCCCUAGAAGCGGCUUGGUGGUGCAUACCUGCUGCAGGUGCUGUUCUUUCUCCGUUUUCUCUUCUGUGUGGAGCAGCUCCUUAAGAGUGUGAGAUGCCACCGCGAUGCAUGGUUCUGGUCCCAUCAUCUUGGGCGCUGCCGCAGAGCGGGCUAGUUCGUCGGCCCUCUCAUUUCCUAGUGUAUGAGUUGUGUUAUAUAUGCACUUAUAUAUAAAUUUCCUUGAAUUCUGAUCCUCUGGUUAAAGUUUUUCAUCUUAAGGGACCUCCGUGGCUUUGAUUCCUGCAAGUUGCAAGAGUAUAAAAAUGUAAACAAAAACCACUGUACCCUUUCAAUAGCUGUGCGAUUUUAUCUUGUAUUUUUGAAGAAAAAAAUGUUCAAAUGAUGAAUAUUAUACACAUGCUUAUGUUUUAAAACAUAUUUUUAUUAUUUAUGAAUUGUUGUGAUAUUUAACAUAAAACGAUAGAAAGUAGCCUAUGCCCGCCCAGAGGUUCCCAGCUACCUCAUCACCAAUUUUCAGCCAAAUCGGUUCAGCCGUUCUUGAGUUAAAAAUAUAGACAUAAAUUGCGAAAUCGAG